AUGUUGCUGUUAUAUCAAGGUGGCAAUCAAAGAGAAAAGGCUCGCGAAAAGAACCUGAAGAAAAAUAAUAAAGCAGCAAAGGCUGCUAAGAAAGAGGACGGUGUGAGCUUCAAGAAGCGUGCCGAAAGCGAUGCAGAAAUAAUGAGGCAGAAACAACAGAAAGCAUCGGAGAAAAAGACGGGAAGCUCUACUGGGGAGAAGUAG